CUUUUCCCUAUACUAUAUAGUAGACGAAUAAGUGUUGUUCACUUGAUUGGGCUGAUUAGAAUUCACUCAUUGGAUCGGCUUCUAAGUUAAGGGGAAAAUACUAAUGGCCCAGACUUAAUAUUUACUAUGGGCCGUGUGGCAACAAGACCAUAUAAGCAUAUCAGUCUUAGGGUUCCAACUUUCAAUCCGCUACUUCAAAAACCCUAGCGCACUCUCCCCUGCAUUUCUCCCUUCCUCCGGCGCUGAACCAGAAUCAAUAUGGUUAAGUAUUCGAGGGAGCCAGACAAUCAGACUAAGUCUUGUAAGGCUAGGGGAUCGGAUCUUCGUGUUCAUUUUAAGAACACCAGGGAAACUGCACAUGCCAUCAGGAAGUUGCCCUUAGACAAGGCUAAGAGGUACUUGGAAGAUGUUUUGGCCCAUAAACAGGCAAUCCCCUUCACACGUUUCUGUGGUGGUGUUGGGCGUACUGCUCAGGCCAAAAACAGGCAUCCAAAUGGGCAGGGUCGGUGGCCUGUAAAAUCAGCUAAAUUCAUCCUGGAUUUGCUUAAGAAUGCCGAGAGUAAUGCAGAGGUGAAAGGCUUGGAUGUGGAUUCACUUUUCAUUUCUCACAUUCAAGUGAACCAAGCACAAAAGCAAAGGCGCAGGACUUACCGUGCCCACGGAAGGAUCAACCGUAAGUCUUUUUAUACUGGCAUCUUUCUUUAUAUCCCAAUCAUCAGCAAUGUUUUGGAUAUUAACUAGAGGAUUAACAUCUGGCAGCCUACAUGUCUUCCCCUUGCCAUAUCGAGCUGAUUUUGUCCGAGAAGGAAGAGCCUGUCAAGAAGGAGCCUGAAUCGCAGCUGGCCAGGAAGGCUUGAAGUCUAUGAAAAUAUGUAAAAGUUGUUUCUUUAAGACAUUUUUGGCGAUCAAUUUAAGCUACCUUUCUCAUGUUAUUCACUUUUUUGCCGUAAAAUGGUGGAUGGGACUUGGGAGAACAACUUUUGCUACUAGUAGUGUAAUGAAAGUAGAACACAACUAUGUUACUACAAUUACAAAGCUCUCAUUUACUAUUUUGAGUAAAUUUCGUGUUUGUCUGGAAUCGUUCCCUGGGCAAAACGAGCUUAUCUCUAGUUAGGAGUCUUUUGCAUCUGCCUGAUUCUCCCGACACAACGUGUGACUUGCAUCUGGUUGGGCUCUUUUGGCCUUUAAUCGCAAUAAUUGUUCUUAGUAAUCAUAUAACUGAACCUACUUUAAUUCUCGCACUGACACACAACUAACAUUAGGCAUUAUUGUUUCUUCCUCCAACGGAUGAUUCUCACUGUGUUUCUGGAGAAGCAUUUUCU